AUGAACACCCAUAUAUUAUCCAGAGAAGCAGAAAUUGUUGAUGAAAUACCCCGCAAAAAAAAUGGGUAUUUUUCUGAAUUUUGCGAUUACUUAAAUAAUUGUAAUGAAAAUAAUAAAGAUUUUUCGGAAAAAAAUGAUUUUGAUCUUAUAAAAAAUGAAGAAGGAAGCUAUAGUAGAACAGCUAAUGGUAGUAAAAUAGAAAAUAAUAGUUCUGAAAAUAGUUUAGAUAUAGAAAAAUGCUUAAAUCAAAUUAAUAAAAAAGAAAAAAUGAAUUUUAAUUAUACAAAUAAUUAUGCUGAAAUUAAUGAAGAAAAAAAUAAUAUAGUUCAAACAGAAAAAGAAAAUACACAAUUAACAAUUACAUUGAAUGGAAAAGAAAGUAAGUAUAAAAAACUGAAUAACCUUGUUAUAGAUAAUUCUAACAUUAUACCAAAGGAGGAUGAUAAAGCAAUAGAUGUGGAUAAUAUAAACAAUUUUAAAAAUAAUAAAAAUAGCUAUUUAAAUAAAGAAAAUAAUUAUUUAACUCAUGAAAAUUGUAUCUCAUUUAAUUUUAUUGAAAAAAAUAAUAAUGAAAAAAGAGAAAAAUUGUUAAAUUGUUGUAUAGAUAAGGAAAUUUCAGGAUUAAAUAAACAAAGUGUAUUACUUGAAAAUGAAAAAUAUAAACAUAAUAAUUCUUCAAGUAAGUCUAUUGUAACAGGUAAUCAAGAAAAUAUUUGUUCAAAAAAUAUAAAAGAGAAAGAUAUUAUUAAUGAUUUUUGUUAUAAUACCUUAAACGAAAAAUAUGAACUAAAAUUAGAUAAGAAUUAUCAGAACAAUUGUAAUAAUGCUUUUUUCUAUAAGAAAAAUGAUAAAACUGAAGAAAAUUUUUAUAAUAGAAAUAUAUCAAAUAUCAAUGGAUGCACACAGGAUGAAAUUAAAACAGAUAAAUCAAAUGUAUCAGAAGAAAUUAUAAGGAAAGAAAAUAGUAUUUCCAAUGAAUGCUUCCAGCUGAAAGUUACUCAAAACCAAAGUGAAUAUGCAGAAUCAAAUUUUAGUAAUUUAAAAAAUGAUUAUAAAACAAGUGAAAUAGAAAAGGAUUUUGAAAAGUUCAUAAAACCUCAUAUGGCACAUAAGUCUUUUGAGAAUAGUAAUAAUAUAAGUGAGAACAAUAAGGAAACAUUUCAAAAUAUAAAUUUAUUAAGCAAAAACAUUAUGAAUAAAUUCAAAGAAAUUGAAUCUCAAGGGAUUAGUUCAACUCCACUUAACUUCAAUGAAUUAAAGUGCAAAAUUGAUAAGAAAACUAAACAGAAUAACUCAGAAAAUGGACAAGAAGAAAAAAAAAAAGAUUAUGAAAAAGAAUAUUAUGAAGGAGGAAAUGGAAACUUUGGGGAAGACAUAGAAAAAGAGAAUGUUGAAAAAGAAGAAGAAUAUAAAGAAGAAGAACAACAAGAACGAGAGGAACAAGAGGAAAAAAACGAGGAAGAUGAUGGAAAAGAGGAGAAUAUUGAGGAGGAAAAAAAAGAAGAGAGAGAAGAAGAAUGUGAAGGAGAAGAAAAUGAAGAAGAGGAAGAAGAAGAAGAAGAUGAAGAAGAUGAAGAAGAAGAAGAGAAUGUUGAGGAAGAAAAAAAAGAAGAGAGAGAAGAAGAAUGUGAAGAAGAAGAAAAUGAAGAAGAUGGAGAAGAAGAAGAAGAAGAAGAAGAAGAUGAAGAAGAAAAAGAAGAAGAAGAAGAUGAAGAAGAAAAAAAAGAAGAGAGAGAAGAAGAAUGUGAAGGAGAAGAAAAUGAAGAAGAAGAAGAUGAAGAAAAAGAAGAAGAUGAAGAAGAAGAAGAAGACGAAGAUGAAGAAGAAGAAGAAGAUGAAGAUGAAGAAGAAAAAAAAGAAGAGAGAGAAGAAGAAUGUGAAGAAGAAGAAAAUGAAGAAGAUGGAGAAGAAGAAGAAGAAGAAGAAGAUGAAGAAAAAGAAGAAGAAGAAAAUGAAGAAGAAAAAAAAGAAGAGAGAGAAGAAGAAUGUGAAGGAGAAGAAAAUGAAGAAGAAGAAGAUGAAGAAAAAGAAGAUGAAGAAGAAGAAGACGAAGAUGAAGAAGAAGAAGAAGAUGAAGAUGAAGAAGAAAAAAAAGAAGAGAGAGAAGAAGAAUGUGAAGGAGAAGAAAGAGAAGAAGAUAUUGAGGAAGAAGAAAAAAGAGAAAAGAAUAUUGAGGAAGAAAGAAAUGUAGAAGAUGAAGAUAUUGAAAAAAAAGGAUUAGAAAUUUAUGAAAAAGAAAAAAAUGAGGAAGAAGAUAAGGAAAAUAUGGAAAAAGGAAAAAUAGAAGAAGAGGAGGAAAAUAAUGAGAAAAAGGAGAAAGGUGGAGAAGAAAAAGAAGAGGUAGAGAUAUAUGAAGAGAAAGAAGAUAACUCAACAAGAAAAAGAAAAUCUGAAGGGAAUUUGAAAAGAUAUAAUGAAAAUUUAUAUUUAUUUAAUGAAGUUUUAAAAUUUAAGGAACAUUUUGAUUAUUGGGAUCAUAAAGAAUUAACAAAAGACUUUGAAAAAGAUUCAGAAAUGAUAAAUCAGAGACUAAAGACAAAUUUAAUUUACCAUCAAAAUAGUUUUAAAAAUAUAAAAAAUAAUGAGUCAAUUACCUUAAAUGAAAAAGAAAAUGCAAAUCUGUGGAAUAAUGAAAACAACAAAGAGAGUGGAAUAAUUAUGACAAGUGAUUUAAGGGAAGUGAUCCAUGAUGAAAAUUUAAAAUAUGUAAAUAAAAAUGAAAAUGGUCAAUUAUAUAAUAUGUUUGAAAAAAAUGAAAAGCAUGAUUUAAAAAAAGGAGAAUCACAACAAAUAAAUUUUAAUAAAAAAGAAUUUUCACCUAAAUGCAGUAAUUUAAGCAAUGAAGUUAAAAAAAGUGAUAAUACAGAAAGUGAAAAUGUCAACUGCUCAAAUAUUUUGUUUAGUAACAAAAAUAAUUUGAAAUUGAGUAAUUCCUUACUUGUUAAUAAUAAGUUGAAUGAAUUAAACAAAGAAGACAAAAAUAAGCAUUCAAUUGAAAAUGAUGCAAAUGAUAAUAUAAAAAUAAUAAAAAAUAAAGAGAAGAAAGAAACGAAGGAAAAUUUAUUAGGAAAAAAUAACACUGACAUGCAUAAUCAUUUAUGUACAGAGAAGGAAAAGAAUUUAUUAAAAAAUAUUAAAAUGAAAAUAGAUAUAGAAUUAAAAAAUAUUUAUUUUGUAAAAUAUAAAUAUAUUAAAUGUGUAGUAAUGGACAAUUCUGGAGUUAUUCUUCAUUCUUUUACCUUUUAUAAAAAUGCAAUUGAUUUAGAUAAGGAAAAUAAUUUUUUCAAAAUAUUUAAUAAAUAUAGAGGAAAUAAUAAUUUAGUGCAAUUAGAAGAUAUAAAUAUUCUAUUAAAAGAAUUAAAGAAUAUAUUUUCAACAGAUAUCACAUUUCAACUUAUUUUCGAUGCAAAAGUUAUUAAUGGAAAAACAAAUAUAUCUCCAUCAACAUUUUAUAGGCUAAGUUUUUACGGAAUUGAUGAAAUAUCUUUAAAUGAAGAAGAGAAAAAAGAGAAAGGGAUGGAAAAAAAUGAAAUAAAUAGUAAAAUGAAUAAAAUAAAAAUAAUACCUAAUUACAAAUCAGUAAAUGAUAAAUUAAAAAAAAAUAAUCCUGAAGACAAAAAUAGGAAAAAAAUUGAAGUAAAAGAAAAAAAAAAUUCGUACAUUGGAUUUACCAUAAUACAUUUAAAAUAUUUGUUUCAUAUGCAAGAACAAGGAUAUUUACAUUUAAAUAUUUCUGACAAAAAAAAUGAAGAUUUUGAUUUUAUAAAAAAUUAUAAAAAAGAAGAUUAUGCAUACUACUUAGAUAGUAAAGUAAUUGAAAAUAUAUCUUCUAAUAAUUUAAGCUACAUAGAAAAAAUUGGUAUGCUAUUCAAAAUUCUAUUUAAUCAUAGUUUAAAUAUUUCAUCUCCAAAGGUGUUCUUAAAAUACCGUUUUCUAGCAGAAAGUGAAAGUGUAUUUAAGGAAGUAAAACCGAAUAAGAAUUUUGAAUUCAAAAAUAUUCUUGAUAUUUUACAAAAAAAUAAUACUUCUAAUGUAAACAUUAAAAAAGAUUUAGAAGAAUGUUUAAAAAAUUAUUAUAAAAAUUGUUCUAAAUCUAUAUAUGAUGAUGUUUACUAUUCUUUAUUUGAUGAAAAACCUGAAGAAGACAUAAAAGAAAAUAUUCUCAUUAAAAAUAAAGACAAAAAUAAUGAAAAAGAAAGCGAUAGUAUUGAUAUAAAUUUUUUUAACAUUUCAGACGAUGUGAAUGUUAAUAAUUCUUUCUUAAAAAAUAUCAAUUUUUCUAAGCUCUUAAACUUUAAUGAAGUAAAUUCAAUAGAAACAGAAAUGCACAAAUUAAAAAAUAGUGAAAAAAUAAGUUAUUCCGAAGAUCUAAUCAGUGAAAUAUGCAAUCCUAAAUCGUAUAAUAAUGAAAAUAACUUAAAAUUGCAUAUUUUAAAUUUAUUUAAUUUGAAUGUAGAAUAUCGUACAAGGAUUGAAAAAUUACAAAACAUUAUAUUUAAAUAUACAACAGGAAUAAAUGAUUAUUUUGAUUUUAUUGAAUUCACUAAAAAUAAUAAAGUUUAUAAAAUUUACGAAGAAAAUAAAAAAUUGAAAAAAUAUAUAAAAGAUUCCAAUAAAUUUUUCAUUGAAGCUUUAAUAGAUGACCAUUUUGAAAUUAAAAAAUUGAAGCACAGUAACAAAACAAUCAACAUUCUAUAUAAUAAAGAAAAAAUGAAUAAUAAUAAAGAUAAAAUUAAUAAAAAUGAAAUAUUUACAGAAAACAAUUCAAAUAAUAAAAAUAAUAUCUUUGAUAGUACGAUUCACAAUUUCAAUGUAAAUAAAGCAUAUUCUGCUAACUUAAUAAAUCAAAAUCAUCAGAAUGAUUAUAAAAUAUGUAUCAAUAAAAAAAUAAAUGAAGAAAUAAAAAAAAAACAAAAUAAUUUUUGUAAUCUCUUAAAUAGACACUCAUCACAACUUUUUUCUAAAAAGCAUGAUAGUAUUAUAUCUUAUCACAAUAAUGAAAAUAGUAAUAAUGAAAUUAAAUUAGAUGAUUAUUUUAAAAAUUUUAACAAUUAUAAAAAUCAUAAAUAUACAGAGAAAAAAUUUACAUUAAAUAAUAAAAUAUUAAAUAAAUCAUUUAGUUUAUUUAAUUCACACAGUGAAAAUAAUAUUGAUAAUUACAGUGAUGUGAAGAAAAAUUUCCCAUUUUUUUCAAAUUCAAUUUGUUUGAGAAAAAAUUCUUUAUGUAAUACUAACAAUAAAUUAAAAUCAAAAAAUUCUGAAAUUAAUAAAAAUCAAAUAAUGAAAAAUUUCUCUAACCCAAUUCCAUUUAACAGAAGUGCAUUAAAGAUAAAUUCAAGUUCAUCAGAAUAUAAAAGGAAUGUAUUUCCUAAUAUAAAGAAGAAUUGCAUAAUUAUGGAAGAUUAUAAUAAUGAUUAUUCUAAUAAUGCAACAAAUGAAUCUAAACAAGAUAAUAAAAUGAAGAAUAUAUAUUUUGAUGAGAAUAUUCAUAUAAGAGAAAAUAAUGUUAUUAAUUCGAUAAGCUCAAGUAACAGCGAAAUAAAUUCUUUGAAAAAAAAUGUAAAUCAUGAAUUUUAUGAAGAAUUAAAUGAAGGAAAAAAAGAAAAUUUAUAUAUAACAAAAAAUGAUAUGUGUAUCAAUACCUCAAAUAGGAAUUUUGCUUCUUCUAAUGCACCUAAUAAUUUUAAAGAUAACAUAAACGAAAAAAAAAAAUUAAAUAGUAACUAUUUUGAUAAAAUUACAAAUAAAUAUAUUAACAAUAAUAAUAAUACUAAUAAUAAUUAUAAUUAUAAUAAUAAUGGUAAUGUUCAUAGUGUUAAUAAUAAUAGUAUUAAGGAUGGCUAUGAUCAAAUAAAAUAUAGUAAAAUUAACAAAAGUUCCGAUAAUAAUAAUAUUUAUUUAACUAAUAUUAACAAUAAAAAUAUAAAAAAUAAUAAUGAUGAUGAUGGUGAUAAUAUAAAUAGUAAUAAUAGUAAAUGUAUUGUAAAACUUAUAAAAAAAGCAAAAAAUAAUUAUGAUACCAGUGAAGUAUUAAAAAAGGAAUACUUUCAAGGUGUCGAUAUGUUGCCAAUAAAUAAAGAAUAUAAUUUAAAUGAUAUGUUAAAUUCUAAAGAAGAUAAGAUGAAUAAAAACGAUACAACACAAAAUAAGUUUAAUAAUAAUAUAAAAAGAACAAAAUUGUUAUCAAAUAAAGAUAAUGGAAUUACAUUAAAUGAAGUUAAGAAAAAUGAGAAUGUUAAUACUAAUGAUUGUAAAAGUAAUACAAUUCAAUCUAAAUAUUUAAAACAGUAUGAAAAUAAUAUUAAUAAUUACAAAAAAAAAUACAUAGAAAACGUAAUUUCUUCUUAUGAUGAUUAUAUUAUCAAUGAAAACAAAAAUAAAAAUAAGAACACUUUGGAAAACUUUAAAGAAAAUAUUGAAAAAAAAAAUUCUGCAUCUACAAGAAAAAAUAAUAAACUACAAUUAAAUAAAAAAAAUAACAAUGAUAUUAAUGCUAUAAAAAAAAUUAUUGAUUACAAUCUUAAAAAAAAAACAAAUUUCGAUUUAAAUACUAUAGAAAAAAAUGCACUUCUUAAAAACUUAAAAAAUAAUAAAUUUAAUUCCAACACUUUCAAAGAAAAAAAAAAUGGAAUUCCUAAUAAUAAUAAAAUAAUUGAAGUAUCAAAAAAGAAAAAGAAAAAUUCGCAAGAUUCUAAUAUUUUAGAUAUCAUAAAUAAAAAUUUAAAUAAAUCUUUUAUCGAAUUAGAUAAAAUAAAAAGAAAAAUUAAUGAGCACUUAUUAGUUUAA